GGUUGUCAACAUGUUCCCUAGGGAAUUUCUUUUAUUGUCCAGCUGUUCCUUUUUUUAAAAGAAAAGCUGAAAACAUCUAAUGGGAUCCGGGUUGCAGACAUAUCGUUUGGAAGUACUGAGAAAGCCAACCAGAAAUGGGUGAUUGGAGUUUUUUGGGCAGCAUUUUAGAAGAGGUGAAUGAACAUUCCACUGUCAUUGGCAGAGUCUGGCUUACUGUACUCUUCAUUUUCCGAAUCCUGAUCUUAGGAACUGCGGCAGAGUUUGUAUGGGGAGAUGAACAGUCAGACUUUGUGUGUAACACCCAGCAGCCGGGUUGUGAAAAUGUCUGCUAUGAUGAGGCCUUCCCCAUUUCCCACAUCCGGCUAUGGGUCCUGCAGAUCAUCUUUGUCUCCACUCCAUCACUAGUUUACUGGGGCCAUGCUGCUCACCAUGUAAGGAUGGAAGAGAAACGGAAAGAACGGGAAGAAGCAGAAAAGGCUCGGAAAGCUGAAGAAGAAGAAAACGAUCACUCACCCCUUGGUCCUAAUAGCCCUAUUUCCAGCAAAGAAACAAACUCCAAGGGAAUCAAGAAAUUCCGCCUUGAGGGGACACUUCUCAGAACCUAUAUCUGCCAUAUCUUUUUCAAAACCCUGUUUGAGGUUGGCUUCAUAGUGGGACAGUACUUCUUGUAUGGCUUCCGAAUUCUUCCUCUUUACCGCUGCGGCAGGUGGCCAUGCCCCAACCUUGUAGAUUGCUUUGUGUCCAGACCUACUGAAAAGACUGUUUUUAUCGUGUUUAUGCUGGCUGUGGCAUCUGUCUCCCUCUUCCUCAACCUUGUGGAGAUCAGUCACCUGGGUCUUAAGAAGAUCCUCGGUGCCUUCAGGAGGCCAGCAGAGCUCAAGUCUGAAGAGGCCACGGAGAAGCCCCUUCACUCUAUCGCUGUUUCAUCCAUCCAGAAGGUAAAAGGUUACAAGCUUUUGGAGGAGGAAGAGAAGCCGGCAUUCCACUACUUCCCUUUGACAGAAGUGGAGGUGGAAACUACACCUGUUUCCCCUCCAUUUCAUGACUUUGAGAAGAUCAGCAUGGAACACCUGAAACACAUUUCUAGGGCCUUUGAUGAGCAGUUACCAUCCUAUGCUCACAGAGAAGAGCCAUACGAGGAGAAAAGAGAAAUGGCUGAAGCACCAGAACGGGAAGUGGCUGAGGAGGCCAAAGAAGAAGUGGAAGCUGAAGAAGAAGAAGAAGAAGAAAUGGUGGAACAAGCAGCAGAGAAGGUGGAGGAGCCGGUAGAAGACAUCCCUGUGGAGAAGGAUCAAGAGCUUGAACCGCAAGAAGAGGAUUUGACAGUACCAUCUGCUGAACUUACAGCUGACACAAGAUCCCUUAGCAGGUUAAGCAAAGCUAGCAGCCGGGCCAGGUCUGAUGAUCUGACUGUAUGAGGGUAGUGGUGCUGACCAAGCCACACCCACAAAUAUCUCAGAAAUCUUAAAGUGCUAAACCGGUCAUUUUCAUAUUGUUUCUUAUCAAACCAGAAAGGUGCUAAGCAAUUUUAACUGCCUUGUCAGUCCUGUUUGUUCUUCAACAGGUGCUAGGUGUCCUCUUGCUUCAGAUGCAUAUGCCUCACUACUGUAAAGUAAAUGUGCCAUAUACAAUACUGAACAUCUGGGGAAAACCUUCCCAGAGAAACAAGGAAAACAGAUGUAGCAGCUGUGGUCACAUCCAGUUUUGCAUUCAUUUUUUCUCCAGCAAUGUGGGAAAUAUGUAUCUUUUUUUUAUUAUACCAGCCAUUGACGAACUAAUAGCAUGUGUAUUUAUUUGUUAAUUGUGUAUAUAUUUUCAGCAUGACAAUCCUGGUACUCUCUCCCACACUGGCCUUAAACUUAGGAUGGAAUUAAACAUUAUAGAUAGCCUAUGAUCAGAGUGAUUAGAGCUAAGAGCACAUUAAUGUUGGAGUUCAGGAUGCAGCAGACUUUUUUUUUUGCUUUGAGACAUGACAUGCUUAGUUUGCAAA